GAGGCGGAAGGAAAUACUGUGCAUCAACAUGUUUUACGAGCCGUGGUUCCUGUGCUGCUGUAUGCGUGCCGAGGAGUAUUAUGUUGUGCCGCGUCGUGCCAUUGUCGACCGUGAAGUUGAGGACUGUCAAAGUAUGAUGGAUUUCAAGGGGCAUCCCUUACUCCAGGAUCCUGUUGGGGAUUUUCUUGAUGUUCUUGUAGAUUUAGGGGUCGAGGACGUCCAUCUGUUGGCGUCCCCUGGGCACCCCGGGGGUACGACUGCUCGGACGUUGUGCCGUGUGAUGUACUUCGCGUGUGAUCGUGAGGAGGUGAAGGACAUGUUCCAUACAUGCGUGACUUUGGCCCUAAGCAGCACCCACCCUAAGACUGAGGACCCGAAAUUCAUAAGCAAGUGGCUCAAACGCAAGGACCAGGAUGACGUUGCCAAAGCACUGGCCAAGAAGAAGGGCAUCACGGGGUGGAUGGGGCAGGUCACACAUUGGCUGCGGCGUUCUGAGGGAGAAGUCCUGUACUACCAUCCGGAUGACACCAACGUGUUCGAAAAGUGGCUAAUCCCAUCACAGCACACCCCAGAGAAGCUGUAUUACUCCUCGCCUCAUCUAAGGGAUAGGGCCAGGGUGCGACUAAAGUUGUAGGAUAUUCAUUAUGAACAGGAAUAAUAAUUGUUAAAAAUAGUUUUAUUUAUUUAAUUCGUUUUAUAAUUGCUGUUAAAAUUGUAAAUAAGACUCGUAGGAAGGUAAAAAAGAAAGCAGUUUAGUGCCAAAAGAGAAAGCGCAAAAUGAUUUGUAAUUAAUGAUAUCAUAAAUAAAACAUUUACUUACAAAUGGAAGGUUUCUCUGAAUUGUUGUCUUCAACGUCAACAGUUGUAUCCCAACUACUGUCACAUUCGAGACACGACCAAGUACAUUUUAAAGGACUAACAUUGUAAGAAAUCAUAACGUGGAGCAGACCUAGAGGUCAUGUUUGGUGGUUUAUUUUGUUCUCAAACCUAUGAUAGGACACUACUGCCCCUUUGGUAGAUGAGAUAAUGUUGAGGUGGAAUCGACCAGAAUCAGACACCUCUCAGCAACUUAGUAAAUGUUUCUAAACUAAUGAUUUAAUUGUACCACAGAUAGCCUCUCUUAGUAAGAUGUAAUUUCAGUAGAUAAUAACAACAGUUCAACAAUAACUAUUUCAAGCUAAAUAUAAAGAGCAAUGAUUUUCUAAUUUGUCGAGUUGUCUUCAGUGUCAGACCACAGCCAUAGUCUGGUAAGAGACUUAUGCGUAGGAAGAAAAAUUGUUUGGAUGCUUAUCUUUCAUUUCAUCACAAAAGGUGUUGGGAAGCCUACCUUCAUAAAUAUGGUAUAAAUGUCUUUCAAAGCAUUGCAAAACUUAUCUGCUAUGACCACCUUUUUUCAAAACCAGUGCCUCUGUUGUGAAGGAGAUGUGUGCCCCUAAACCAGUACAGUACCGAGGAAGUUUUUUAAUUUCAGUGUUUGUUAAUAGGGUCCAUACGAUUCUCUCUAAUUAUGUGACGCUUUCUGUUACAUACUAAUGGAAAGCCGUAUAAAGUGAAAGUCUAUGCAAAGUAUGGAGGCUUCCGUUCCUACCAUUCUCAUAUAAUAAGAAAAUACAAAUCAUUCUUUUUAAAUUUCGGAGUUCUCUCUUGAAGGAGAGUGGGGUGAAAAUGAGUUACACAACUUAGUUCCACCUUCUGAUGUGAACGUUUGCAUUAGGUUGUGUGAAAACAGAUGUCACAUUACUUCAGAGGUCAUGUCCAAAUAGAGACAAGCAUUCCAACAGUAUAUUAAGCUUGAGGUUUACGAGUCAGGUCAACUACAAUGCUUGAUCCACGCAAGGGAGAAGAUAAAGAUUUUGGUGAUUUCUCAUGAAUGAAAAACAACUUAUGACGUCAUUAGAUUUAUUAAAGAAUUUUUCUUACAUUGAAAGUGAGUGAUGAAAGAAGCAUAGGAACUUAACAAGUACAGUAGAAAAGAAAUAAUUAAACCUAUAUCGCAUGCAGCUGAACACUACAAUAACUUUACCAUCACCAAUGUCACCACCACCACACAUCUGACUGUUUUCACAGAUGAAAAUAUUUACACUUACACUAAAUCUUACAAUCAUUACAGCCUAUUCAACAUUUUAACUCUGACAAUUAAAAGGGAUAGCUAAAAACUGUAAGCAAUAAAUACACAUGAUGUGACUCUUUUCAUUAAAAAAAAAAAAACA